CACUGUGCAAGUAGUGCAAGGAGGAGCGUGCAGCACUUGUGGAGAAAACUCUCAGCUCGUUUGGUGCGAGUUGGACAAACAGAUCAUCACACGACACUCUCCUCUCUCAUACCGUUGGGACAACUCGUGCUGUUGUAUACGAUUCAAGGACACCCUGACUCAACUUUCGUUUCAGUUUGAGAUUUGAGCUAAGUUUGAAUUUCCCGAAUACCAAAACAAUUUAUGAAAGGCAAUAAAUAGAAUAUGUACGUCUCCUUCCUGGUCAACCUAUUACUCGUGUCCAUGGCAACGUCGGAGCGUCUACUUGUCAUCCUCUUAGACGGCUUCCGGUGGGAUUAUGUUGACAAGGUCUUCACACAGAGUCGCACGGCAUGACGGGAAACUACAUGUACGACAUGUCACGUGACGAGUACUUCCUGAUUGGCACCAACCCGGAACAGUCGAACCCACACUGGUGGGGCGGGGGGGAGCCGCUCUGGGUCACGGCUAACAGACAGGGCAUGAGCAGCUACAUGUUCUACUGGCUGGGCUGUGAGGUGGAGAUCCGGGGAGUCCGCCCAGAGUUCUGCCAGCCCUACACCGGGGUACCCACCAUGCCUGACUUCCGGUCUGCUCUGACCACCAGUUUUAACCUGCUGACCAACGGGACCACCAAUCUCACCGCCUGUGAGCCCAGACUUCCCGCUCAAAAAGGGAACCCCUAUGGCCGGCACACACGGCUAUGACAACAAGGAGAGAGACAUGAGAGGAAUUUUCUACGCCUUAGGACCAC